UCUGCCUAUGCUGGAGCCCCAUUAGUUCUUCCAGAGCACAUGAGGGGCUCUGCCAGCAUGGCUUUCAGCACACAGCUUUCAGCCCAGGCCCCCCACUGGUCACUUCUUUCCAAGAUGAAGAGGAGCCAUUGCUCUUCCUUAGGUUUGCCUGGUCAAGCAUAUACUAAUAGACUGCCUAAACAAUCAUUUAUUUCAUAACUCCAGUGGUUUCCUUCACUGCAUGAUAUAAACUAUCAAGAAUUUGAGGGACAACCUUUGUCUAAUGUGGACUGUAAGAAAAGAUUUCCCUUACCCUUCAAUUUGAGAGGCCAUCCUAAUAUAUCUUCAUCCCCAAAUGUGAUGAAGGUGAAGAGAGAACCUUCUAUAUACUCUGUCAUCAUAACUGUUGUCUCUAGAGUAAAUCUGUUUGGGACUUGUGUUCUCCAGGAGUACUCAAAGAUUAUUGCCAAUGGCUCUGGGAUUAUUAUUUUCUGUCUUUAAGAGAUAGUGGCAAAAAUAGAUCCCUUGUCUCUCAGAUUCCUAAUCUAACACUCAAACCACUACACCAUUCUGGCCCCUACUUUAUAUGUAAGACCACUGUGGAGAGCCAGCAUGGUGUCUGAGUGUUGGACUAGGACUCUGGAAAACCAGGGUUCAAAUUCCUGCUCAGCCAUGGAAAGUCACUGACGUGACCUUGGGCAAGUCACACUCUUUCUGCCUCUAAAGAAGACAGUGGAAAAUAUCUGAAUAAAUCUGACCAGUUAAUUGCAUGAUUUAUGGCAGCCAUAUGAAGAAUUUACCACAACGUGGUUGUUGUUUCUUUUUGGCAAGACUUAUUCCAAGAGGGUUGCCAUUCCUUUCCUAUGAGGGAGAGAGAGUGAGACUUGCUUAGAGUCACCCAGUGGAUUUCCAUGGCUGAACAGGGAGGAGUUCGAUUUCUGGUCUCCCAGAGUCCUAGUCCAACCUUCAAAAUCCAACACCACUCUGGCUCUCUACCUACAAAUUGGACUUUAAGUCAUAGCCAACUUGAGGGCACAUAACAGCAGCAACAACGAAGAGCACCAUGGUAUGUACUUAUAUGUUAUGCUGCUGAAUAACUAUCAGUAUAAUGUAAGCACAGGAUAGAACUGAGACUUUUUGUCACCCCUAAGACAUGUCAAAGUUAAGAGACCAAGUAGCAUUAUCAAAAUAGAUCUUUUAUUUUAUCAGGUUUUUUAAAAAUUAUUUUCUUGUGAGGUUACCCCUUCUUUAUAAGGACCUAAAACUGUAGUUGAUUGAGCUUGUGGAUAAAUCCAGCACUUGAUAAACAAGUUCAAAAUACUUUCAUCACAGUCAUUUGCUUUGACAUCUAUACCAGAGAAAUGUGCCUAUUUAUGAUGUUUAAAACAAUUUGUGUGGACAACUAUUCUUUUCUGCAACCAUGAAGGAAGGAGGAAGAAAAGGAGCGAAGGGAAUGCCAUUGCAAGUAUGUUGGAUGGGACACCACUAUUGACAAAGGGGGAAUGACUAGCCACCAACCAUAGCUUCUUUACAAGUGGCUCACAGGGUAUUUUCUAUUGACGUGUUUGGAUUUCUCAGUGAACACCAUGCUUGCAGGUUGUCACAAGGAUCACUAGAGGCUGAAUUUCCAUGAUUGGUUUUCUUAGCAAUGUUACUCAAGCUCCUAAUUGCAUGGUUUAAUAGAUAAAUUUGUUUAAUAGCUCUGUUAAGCACACCUUCCUUCACAAGUUCUUCUCUGUCUCAGAAUUCAAAGACGUAGCCAUGUUAGUCUGUAGAAUCCGUAUGUAGAGAGAUCUUGUAGCACUUUUGAGGCUAGCUGAAAGAAAGAAGUUGGUAGCAUGAACUUUUGUAGACUCAAGUCUACUUCCUCAGUGUCCUUAUACCUAUGAGGGAAGCUCUUUCAGUAGAAGGGAAGGUAGGCCUAUGUUGUUGGCCCUGGCCCUUGAUGGUGUGUACUUCUAUGGUGCUACCUCUGCAAUUCAUACUUUGACUGUGGCAGUCUGCAGAAGGGAAACCCAUAUGAAAUCACCAACACUGCACAAUUAGCAUGUCUCAUCAAGUGGAUUUAUGGUCUCUUCAUGCAGAACUAGGGAAGGUUUAAAAGAACUCAUCUCUGCUAUCCCAUAGAGCUUUAGGCCUGAAACAGAUGGGCAAAAUGACAUGGCUUCAGGCCACGUUGGGGGCAUGCCGUUUACACAACGCAUGCCCCAAACGUGGCCUGAAAAAGAAUUGAGCCAAGAAAGAGCUGAUAGAAUCUCCUCUUUCUCGCAGCCCAGUUCAAGACUGUGGUGGUAACCCAGAUUGGGACCAGGCAUGUGCGGUUGCCAUGGUCCCAGCAUGAACAGCAGAAACACGGCAUCAGAACACUUCUUUGGGUCCAUCUGCUUCAGGCCUUAAAGACACUGAAACACCAACUCAUGGUCAGGGAUAUAUCUUUCUCACUACAUAGAAGGUUCCUUUAUAAGAGUAGGUAAAGUGUUUCAUGAGUAGAUACAUGGUGGGCAGUAACGUGGAAGAACAUCAGCACAGUCUUGUUGAAACUUAGAGGAGCAGUUUCUUGUACUGUACUGUUGCACUGUUCUGUAGUGGAGUGCUGAAAAGUUCUUAAGCACAUCCAAGAAGGAAAUGACCUAGACUAGAGCCACAAAACAUGAAAUUCCAUCUAUAUAUUCACACUGACGUUUGACACAGCUGGCAUGUUGUUUCUCAAGUUUAUUUAACCCUUAAAUUUAGAAAGUGGAAAAAAUUUCUCCACAGCUUCAAUAGCAGGCCAAUUUCUCUUAUUUUUGGCACACCUGAGUCAUUUUAAGAAGGCAGAUAGAAGUCAGUUCAUUGUUUUAAGAGAGGUGGGUGCUAGGAGGCUCUGAGGGCCUCAAAGCCAGCCUUGGAGACUCUGUGGCCCCUGAGUUACACAUUCCCCACUCCUACUCUAAUGACAAUACAUUUUGUUGUCAGUAAACAUUAUGGUGUUGAGAGCCAGCAUAGCAUAGUGGUUUGAGCAUUAGACUCUGACUCUGGAGACUAGGGUUUGAGUCCCAGAUCGGCCAUGAAACCCACUGGUUGACCUUGGGCCAGUCACACUCUCUCUGCCUCUGGAGAUGGCAAUAGCAGUUUCAGUCCUCUGAAGAAACUUGCCAAGAAAACCCCAUGAUAGGUUCUCCUUAGGAUCACCAUAAGUUAGAAACAGCUUGAAGGCACACAAGAACAACAAACUUUAUGAUAAUAGCACAUGUAGUUUUGCUAUAUUUAACACAAAUUAUAGCAAGUUUUAUUUUAGCUCUAGUGUUUUUAAAAUAUGUGUGAAAUCUUUAGUCCUUUUUUCACUGGCUUUGGUGGGAGGAAAUUGUGAUUAUAGAUUUCUGUUGGUUACCACUGCAUUGUUUGAUCUGGCCAAGAUCUCUAAUUCUUUGAUAUAAUUUUAUUCAUGGGAUUCUAAAUGGAGUUUUCCUAAACAAAUUGCCUUGGAGCUUAAAUGUGUUGGAUUUGGUCAUCCUUAUAGACCUGAAGAGGGAUCUGCUAAAACAAGCUGGAUUUAUACAUAAAGUGGGCUGCUCAGUUAUGUACCACACAAAUACUUCACUAUUUUGAUAGACCCUGGCCUUUCUUUAGACUGUCUUUGUACCAUUAAAUGACUUUAUCACCAUGCUUCAAAACAAUCUAAAGUUUGUACAGCAGGCAGGCACUUCUAUUUGUAGCUUGUUUUUGCCAUAGCAUUGAACUGAAAUAACUAUAUCACAAGAAAAAUGAAAGAAAUGUCAAGGCAGGCAUGCAGCUGAGAAGCAAGCCCCCUACAUUUGGGCAGCCCCCAAUAUAAGGAAUGAUAACUGAUUUGCAAAAGCCACAAAGCAAUAUUUGAAGGAAAUGCGAGUCUCCCUUACAAAAAGGCACUGAAACUGGGACUGAGGCAAUGGCAAAAGACAGAGUGAGUAAGAAAAAGAGCUUUGUCUCUAGCAAUUCAGUUUAACUAAAGUCUAAAAGGUAACACUACUGGUAUUAUAAUCUGAAACUGUGCUCUUCAAUUGGAAAGAUGUCUACUUUAAAGAUUAGCUACUGUAAUCUUAUAGUAAGUAUUUCUCUCUUUGAAGGCAGCAUUCCAGAGCAUUUACUAGAUCAUGGCUUUAUUUUUUCAUUUCCCACAGUUAAUUUUCUUAAUAGUUUCUAUGAUUAGCUUUGUUGGUUUUUUUAGUUUUGUUUUUUAGAAUUGGGCAUCACAUUUGCAAGAAUAAUACGAGUGACAACCCAGACCAACCGUUAGGCCCAGUACAACCGGGCAGGAAGCGCUGUCCUGGCACUGAUUCUAGCGUUCGGGAGCGCACAGCGACUGCAUGUUCCCAAACCCUAGUCUGUAUGGGCGCCGCCAUCAUGACAGCCUCCUAUCCACACGGGGGCCACUAUGAUGAUGCAAGCACGGCACGAUGUCCACACAUUGCGGUGCUGUGCUCGUGUCAUCAACACGUGACAGUGCACCAAUGGCACACUUGUUGCGUUGGCUGUGCACCUCCAGCCCACCCUUUCAGAGCGGUCUGUCAAGCCCUUUAGUUUCUAAAAGAAGCUAUCUGGGAUAUACCCUGGACACCUUGGAAUUUUGAAGCCUGUCCAUUUAAUUCCUGUGAUGCUGUGUUAGAUUGCACCUAAGCACAGAUUUUGGAAGUAAUGAGCUACAGGUAGUCUAGUUACAUGUAACACAUUAUACAGAACUUAGUGGUGACAACUACCAAAUAUCAUUACAUGUGGAUGAAAUGUAGUGGACUAAGACUUUCAUUUUCCCAUAUAAACCUGACAGACUGAGAUCUUUAGGGGAGGCCAUCCCCUCUGUCCUGUUAGCGUUGUAGCGCAGUGCGUGAUGUACCACAUCAACAUCUGGCACCAGGAUCAGCACCUCACAAGCAACAGUCAGCUGCAUGCAAGCUGGAGAAAUUCCUCUCCCCUUCCAGAAGCUGACAAAAGAGACUCUAGCCAGAUGUCUCUUCACGAGGCUUUUAUUCUUCGAAGUUCCACUAUCUACAGCAACCAUAUACAACACACAAACACCGUCCUCCAUCCACCAACAACUACCCACAAUGUGACUAGAGGCACCUCCCUUAUAUAGUAAGGGUUCCAUGUGGCCUUUUGGCCCUGCGUCUUCCUCCUGUGUCACACUGAUCUUUGUACCCUCAUCCAGGGUGAGAGUGCACUUUUGUAGCAGUUUGCUGCACUUGGUAACAAUCAUCUGAUGUCAUUUCCUAUGACUCAGCACUGGUGGUAAAUGCUUUGUCAUAAUGUCAGACAGUGACCCUUUGUUACCCAGCCACCUUUAUCCUACAUUGUACAUUUUCAUCUGGAUUAUAUCCCAACAUAUCCCACCAUCCUUCAUAGGCACAUCUGCUGGAGACAUGGAAGAAGGCGUUCUCAGUUGCUGCUCCCAGCGCCUGAAACUCCCUUGCUAGAGAGAUUAGACUGGCCUAAUUCAUGGUAUCCUUCUGGGAGCAGGCAGGAGGUGGAAUGAAGCUUCAUAGCAACCAUGGAAGAAAGGUUUUAUUUUGCUGGAAACUGGCUUUCGGCCUCUCCUUCUUGUUCAGCGUGUCUGCUUCCAAAGCUGUGUGUUCAUCUGUAUGCUAUUUGAAGCUAACACUCAGCUGGAGAAAGUGGGCUAUGUCAGAGGUAUACAACCAUUGCUUGCCUAGAAAGAAACUCCUUUACAAGAAGAUGGCUGGUGUAUUGGUGAUACCAAAAGGAAAAGGAAAAGAUGCCUGUAGACUGGGAGCCAACUUCACUAUACCACCAAACACAGUGGACUGGAUAGCCUUCGAUGCAAGAGGCAACUGUACUUUCAAAGAGAAAAUCAAGGCAGCUCUAGGGAAGGGCAGUAGUGAUGUCCUAAUCUAUGCUCAUUCAUGUCUAGACAGAAAGUGUUUCAUUUUUCUUCAUGGUGGAGCAGGUGAUAUUGCUGCCAGAAUGAUUAAUAGUCGGAAAGUAAAGCAGAUUCUGCGGUUGAUCCAGGCAGGCAUCCGGGUAACUGCAACAACUGAGAUGCUAACAACACCAUGCUUCACGGCCACCUAUCUGUGUGAAUGUUCUUUAAUGUUGACAUUUGUAUUUUUUGUUUUUGUAUGCUACAUUGCCAGGAAGAUGGUGGGAAGACAGGGAGAACAACCCACAAAAACAGAACUCAAGAACGCUAUUCACUCACUUGAGUCACGCAAGUUAAAAAAAGGUGAAUUUGAGCUAGCUGAAGAGACUUGUGUGGUUUGCUUUGAGGCAUAUAAGGUUAGAGAAGUAGUGCGCAUUUUAACCUGCAAGCAUAUCUUUCACAAAAGAUGCAUUGACCCCUGGCUCCUAAAGCAGGGGACCUGCCCUUUGUGCAACAGUUCCAUUAUCAAAAACUGAGAAAGGGAAUCUGAUGCCUUACCCCUUAAACUCAAGACUACUUCAUUUUGUGGCCCCAAUAAAAAGACUACAUUUUCUUCUCUAAACAGGAAGUUUUUCCAGGAAGUUUUCAGAGCUACUGCCACUUGUCAAUAUUAAUUAAUAUCCUAAACAUUCAGGGAAGAACUCCAAAAUCUGAAACUGCCUCCCUGAAGAGUAACCUUUUGCUCAAUGUUUAUCUGUUGUGGGAGUGGAUCAGCAACCAAUUGAUGAAGCUUUCUAGUUCCAGAAAUAAAACAUAUAUACAUAUAUGAA